AUGGAAAGCAAAAGUUUUCUUCCAGUCAUAUGCUUCGUAUUUGUGGUUCUUGGCUUGGUAAAUGCAGAGGUUCCUGCUGUUUUCGUAUUGGGAGAUUCAACAGCUGACGUUGGGACUAACAAUUUCUUGCCAGGACACUUAGCAAGGGCAGACUUUCCUCCGAAUGGUAUCGAUUUUCCGCACUCUAAACCGACUGGAAGGUUCAGUAAUGGCUUAAAUAGUGCUGAUUUUCUAGCUAAGCUAAUGGGAUUCAAGAGAAGCCCAAUAACUUUCUUUGCUCUUGCUGCCAAUCCAAAAUUGCUCAAAAGGGCUUGCUUCAGAGGAGUAAAUUUUGCCUCUGGAGGGUCUGGCAUUCUUGACAAUACCGGGCAAACAACGUCAACCUUCCUGAACAGUGUUAAGAAUGUUGUCUCACUACGAGAGCAGAUUGAGCAACUUUCUGCAGUCUAUUCUAACCUUACUGCUAUUAAGGGUUCAGCAGAUACCGAAAUUCUUUUCUCAAAGUCAUUGUUCUUCAUCAGCAUUGGUAGCAAUGAUCUUCUUAGUUAUUACCAUUCAAACACUAGUGUACCCAAGCAAGAGUUCUUCUCUGCUUUGGAACAUGAAUACGAAAAACACUUGAAGAAUCUACUGAAGCUUGGAGCAAGAAAGAUUGGCAUUAUUAGUGUUCCACCAGUUGGUUGCUGCCCAUCUCAAAGGGUUUAUAAUGAAAGUGGGGGCUGUUUGGAGGGUUUGAAUGACCUUUCUUUAGAUUUUCUUUCAACAACCAAAGCUCUCUUGAUGAAGCUCAGCUCAGAAUGUACAGGUUUAAAAUACUCACUUGGAAACACAUUUGAGAUGACCAUCAAUGUGAUAGCCAACCCUAUUCUAUUCGGAUUCAAGGAGGUGCAAACUGCUUGUUGUGGGGUCAAGAGGUUCAACGGUGACGGCAUUUGCGACAACAAAGCUGACCUCUGUUCGAAUCGCCAUGAGUACUUGUUCUGGGAUUUAUUCCAUCCUACAAUGGCUGCUUCAAAAUUGGCAGCUCUAACCCUUUAUGCUGGUGAACCACGAUUUGUAUCCCCAAUUAAUUUCAAACAGUUGGCUGAGGCUUGA